AUGGGAGGGCCGGCGGGGGCCGGGAGACCAAUGACACGGGGCUCGAGGUGGAGCAUCUGGCGGCGGUGGCGUGUGGGCAGAGGCGCCGGAGAAGGCCGAAAACAUACGCCGAAAAGUGCAGUAGCAAGGGUCAGGAAGGCUAGAGACCGGCGGUGGCGGACCCAGUCUGACAAUUCGGUGGGGGCCAAACCUGUCAGACCUGCUGCAGGCACCGGAGAAGAUUUGAUCCUGGGCAUCACUAUGCGGCGAACAAGCUCAGUGUUAGUGUUUUUGUGGGUGGUCAUGGGAUUUUCGCUAUAUCUAAUAUUUCUAAAAACGAAAUCUUUCCAUUUGCCAUAUGUACGAUUUGCUUAUAUAUGUGUGGUGCUUAUUGAGGGAGUUAUUAUUAGUGUUUUGCCAGUUGAUGCAUCGGCAGGACGUCAACAGCAAUCACCUCCAUCGACUUCUUCUGACGUUGAUAAGAUUGGUGUGGAAGUGGAAAUGGAAGAAGAAAUGGAAUGCGUUAUUUGCCUGAGUGAAUAUGAAGAGGAUGAUGAGGCGGUGACACUAAAACCGUGUCAUCACAAUUUUCAUGUGGACUGCAUUCGAAGGUGGCUGCAGUGCAAACUACGAUGUCCCAUCUGCAAUGCAUGUCCGCUUCAGGAAUUUGUUUCCCCGGCUCAAAAUGAUGUUGUGCUUCAAAUUCCACCUACGCCACGUCCUGUGGCUGAUUGA